AUGAUUUCAGGGAACAUUAACCUCUAUAUUGUUCUCAGCUUCAGGUUAGAGAACUACCAGCGUGUCCAAGCCGUACAUUUUGCUGUCGAGGAAAUUUACAAAAACCUAGAUUUCUUGCCAAAUGUGACCAUAGGAUUCCAGAUCUUUGACUCUUGCACAGUUCUCCAGAGAGCAAUAUCAGGAGCCCUGCAGCUGUUGAGUGGAUAUGAAAUACCAUUGCCGAAUUAUCAAUGUAAGCAGGACGCCCGUUUGGCUGCAGUUAUUGGACAUUCUAUAUCUACAUACACAAUCUCACUAGCUCAUGUACUAGGGCUAUACAGAUAUCCACAGAUCAGUCACUUUUCCACAAGUUCUCUCCUCAGUAACCGCAUUCAGUUCCGCUCAUUCUUUCGAACAGUUCCCAGUGAUGCCUUCCAGUCUCGUGGCCUAGCACAGCUGGUGUUGAACUUUGGAUGGACCUGGAUUGGUCUAGUGGCCAUCGAUAAUGACUAUGGGCAGCAAGGAAUCCAAAUGAUCAAGAGGGAUAUAAUAAAAGCUGGGGCUUGUUUGGCCUUCACAGAGAACAUAGUCUCCAGUCGACAAGAUCGAAACACCCCACACAUUGCUCGGGUGGUUAAAGACUCAUCGGCCACAGCAGUGGUCAUCUUCUCUACCGAUAUAGACUUAGCCUAUGUGCUGGAUGAGAUGUUGCGGCAGAACAUCACAGGGAAAGUUUGGAUUGCCAGUGAAGCUUGGGCUACUUCGCCUUUCUUGUCAGUACUUAAAUAUUCAAGACUUCUUUUUGGGACAAUUGGUUUUGCCCUUCAUAGUGGAACUAUGCCAGGAUUUGGAGAUUUCCUCAAUAGGAUCAAUCCAUCCAUGGUCGUAGGAAGGGAAUGGAUAAAAAUAUUUUGGGAAGAAGUGUUUGGAUGCAAAUUCCUUGAUGAAAAAAUUCCCAAAGUCCAUUCAAACUCAUCGAUAAAAGAAUGCACAGGUCAAGAAAGUCUGGAGAAUAUCCAGAACAGUUACAAUGACAUCUCUGGUCUGAGGGUAACAUACAACAUCUAUACAGCAGUUCUUGUGAUAGCAAAAGCUCUGCAUGAUUUAAGUAAAUGCAAGAAAGGAGAUGGACCAUUUCUCAAUGGAACAUGUGCUGAUAUUGAGAACUUCAAGCCAUGGCAGCUACUACAGUACGUGAAGAAGUUACGUCUGAGCAUGUCCAGUGGAAGACAACUCUUCUUCGAUGAGAAUGGAGAUCCACCUGCCGCAUACGAUAUAGUGAACUGGCAUCUGAGUCCAGAAGGAAAACUCCAGCAGGUCAAAGUGGGAAGUUAUGACACCAGUAUAACCAGUGGAAACGUCUUCAUUAUUAAUACCAGCCAUGUGCAAUGGGGAACUAAAGACCACGGGAAUAUAGUGAUAUGUAUUCGUAAUUUCAUCAGUAACCUCCCUUCUUGCUUGUGGGCCAAUAAUCCUUCCAAGGUACCUGUUUCGGUUUGCAGCCCAAGUUGUCCAACAGGCUUCAGGAAAGCAGCCAGUAUAGGCAAACCUUUGUGCUGUUUCCAGUGCAUACGAUGUCCAUCUGGAGAGAUAUCCAACAAAACAGAUGCAAUACAAUGUACCAAAUGCCCAUGGGAUAUGUGGCCAAAUCCAACCCAUGAUCAUUGUGUUCCAAAGACUAAAGAAUACCUUUCAUAUGAAGAUCCUCUAGGCAUAACUUUAACGGCAACAAGUAUCUCCUCUUCAUUGGUUCCUGUGGCGAUUUUCGUACUUUUUAUUCACUACAGAACGACACCCAUUGUUCGAGCCAAUAAUUACUCCUUAAGCUGUCUUCUCCUGUUGUCAUUAUUGCUCUGUUUUCUUUGCUCUUUAGUCUUCAUUGGUUAUCCCCAUCAUGAGAAAUGUAUUUUAAGGCAAGUGACUUUCGGUGUUGUAUUUGCACUUUGUGUCUCCUGCAUCUUGGCCAAAACCAUUAUGGUUGUCUUAGCUUUUAAGGCCACAAGACCUGAUAGUCAGCUAAGAAAAUGGACUAGCCCACGUGUAUCAUAUCUCAUAGUCAUCUCAUGUAUCAUUAUUCAGACCUUUCUUUGCAUUAUGUGGUUGUCAUUCUCUCCUCCCUUUUUAGAAGUCAAAUCAGAAACUAAUUCGGCAGUACUAAUUAUUGAGUGUAAUGAAGGUUCCUCUUUGGCUUUUUGGAGUAUGCUUGGAUACCUUGGUCUCCUGGCCUUCAUAAGCUUCAUUGUUGCAUUCUUGGCCAGGAGACUUCCAGACAACUUCAAUGAGGCCAAAUUUAUCACCUUCAGCAUGUUGGCAUUUCUGAGUGUCUGGAUGUCCUACAUCCCAGCAUCUCUCAGUUCACGAGGGAAAUAUAUGGUGGCCAUGGAGAUCUUUGCUAUCCAAUCAUCAACCUGGAGUCUGGUGAUUUGCAUGUUCCUUCCAAAAUGUUUUAUUAUUGUAUUUAGACCCAACAUGAACUCAAGAGAGAAACUGAUGGAGAAACCGAAUAUGUGA